AUGUCUGAACUCGAAACCCAGGUCCCAUCUACUUUUGAUCCCUUUGCUGACGCCAAUGCUGAGGACUCAGGUGCCGGGACAAAAGAAUACGUGCACGUUCGUGUACAGCAGCGUAACGGGAGGAAGAGCCUGACCACGGUGCAAGGAUUGAAGAAGGAAUACAGCUACAACAAGAUUCUUAAGGACCUCAAGAAGGAGUUCUGCUGUAAUGGUACUGUUGUUCAGGAUCCUGAGUUAGGCCAGGUAAUACAACUCCAGGGGGACCAAAGAAAGAAUGUUUCCUCCUUCCUUGUGCAGGCCGGCAUUGUUAAGAAGGAGAAUAUCAAGCUUCACGGUUUCUGA